AUGGAUGCGUUUGAUAUUGAGUUAGAUAAUUUGGAUUAUUUUUAUAUGGACAACCUACCAGACACUAAUCUAUCACCGCCGACGGUAAAGCGAAUGAUACCACUUCCGGUGAUCGGUGUGGAAGAUUCAGACCCGAUACUUACCCCCGGGAACAGGGAUAGCAUGGCCUCAGACGAAGGUGUUGUGAAUCCCGCAUUCGACUCGCUAGACCGCCUCGGUGUUGGCGGCCCCGCGUGGAGCGAGACCUCCAGUGACAACAACAACAGGGACGACCCCAGCGCCAACAGGAAGCGUGAGAGUUAUGGCGUCACCGACAGCCUUCCACGGUUCCCAAAGAAAAUGAACGAUAAAAGUUUCAUUGCACCAGACCUUGAGCGCGAAGGAAAGACGUCCACGCUCAAAUCCUGGGAUGUUUUCCGCGUUGUCAACCGUAGCAAGCAACGUGGCGUUGACGAUGAAUUGCUAAGCAAGGUCCAGAAGGGGCUUAAAAUAAUCCUAAGUGUUUUUUUAACAAUGUUCAUACUCGUCUUUACCAUAGUCGCAAAAAGUACUCUUUUCCUUAUUACAUCCAAUGUGUACUCAAAUGUGACUUUCGAAUGUGAAUGGAUUUCCGGGACGGAAGUGACGUCAUGUAGACGGGUACCUGCUGAUCGGGUAACCAGAGACGCUUUCCACCCAGCACCAAGCGUCCAGGCGCAUUGGUUGUGGGCUCUAUUCAUUGUUGUGUGUUCUCCGAAUGUGUUUACGUUUGGAAAAUGCCUUUGGAGGGUUUGCUUCAAAACGACGAGGAAUCCAACGCCGAAAGUGCUGUUUCUGUUGCUGGCUAUCGAAACGCUCCACACUGCGGGAAUAACGUUGUUUACGUUUUACGUUCUCCCUUCCAUGGACGCUUUAAGGGGUCUCGCCUUAACAUUCGGGGUCGGCUGCGUGCCCGCUCUCCUCAAGAUGUUUGACACUCAGCGAGAGGAGGGCCGGAAGUUCUACGUGUUCAUAGCGGAUAUAGUGGCGCUGGUCGCCCAAAUUUCGAUACUUAUUCUAUGGCCGGUUAGGGACUUCGUCGUCAAUGAGAAAUCAGAAUUGACUUGGACAAUUCCCGUUUCGCUACUUCUUAUUUCUAUCGGUUGGUGGGAGAAUUAUAUCAACAAGUUUACGGCGAUGGGGAAAUUAGGAGCACGCCUGAAGGAGUUCAAACGUCGCGUCCGCCGAAUGCGGACAAAGAUAUACAUGAUAGCGAGCCUUUGGAAAAUAAUCCUGACGCUUAUUCUGAUGUCGGUCAUGGUGACAGCCGGAAGUCGCUCCUGCUUGAAAGUCCUUUAUGGUGACCAGGAUUUUGCGACCGACUGUCCGCAUCUUAUCCAUCCUUCCGGUGAUAACGUCGCCUCCGCCGAGAUGGAGACAAACCCUUUCUACGUUGCCGUCAUCCAGGUGGUUGCUUGUCUCCUUUGCUACCAGUUCUCCAAAACCGCGUGUAAGGUGAUGCUGCAGGUCGUUAGUUUCUCACUUCCGCUCAUGCUGGCCGCGCCCAUCAUUGGCGGACUAUUUAUCGCGAGUUGUGAAUCCUGGUACACCGACUCUAUGAAAGCAUUCAUGCCGGAUUACCUUUACUGGACGUGUGACAUCAACGGCAUUUCACGUGGUUACCUAGGGACGCUAUACGAGGAUUAUCUACUUCCGGUCGCCCUCGUGUGGUGGCUGUCCUUUAUGUGGGUAACGUUUCAUAUCUGGAUGCCCCGCGUUGAGCGGCUGGUCCAGACGGAACACCUCUUUGUGCAGCCUCUGUACUGUGGCGUCAUGCUCGAACAGUCCCUCAUGCUUAACAGACGUCGUGACGACCGUGAUCGCGCGCGGCGUUACUCCGACAAGGAACAGAAGCGGAAGGGCAAUACGACGUUUUCCAUGCUAGACGGGGGCUUCCCGUCCCAACUUCCGGCGACACCCAGGGACCCUGUCCGCAAGGAGCCGGCCCCCAUGAUCUACGUGUGCGCCACUAUGUGGCACGAGACAGAGAAAGAGAUGCUCCAAUUUCUAACCUCUCUCUUCCGCUUGGACGACGACCAGUGCGCAAGAAAGAACGCUCAGAAAUUUUUCGAUGUCGUGGACCCGGACUUUUACGAAUUCGAAGCCCACAUAUUUUUCGACGAUGCAUAUGAACCGCAUGAUGUUGACGCGGAAGAUUACAACGUCAACAGUUUCGUACACCAGCUGGUAGGCAUCGUGGACAAGGCGGCAAGUAAAGUGCAUCGUGUCCCAAUGCGCCUUGCACCACCCACCCGCUACCCCACCCCAUACGGCGGAAGACUAGAGUGGGCCAUGUUAGGGGGCAACAAGAUGAUUGUUCACCUCAAGGAUAAGUCCAAGAUCAGAAUCAAGAAACGCUGGAGCCAGGUUAUGUACAUGUACUACCUGCUUGGUCACCGUCUGGUCGGACAGAACCUGGAUGCGCGCCGGAAACAAACGCUUGCAGAUAACACGUACGUGCUGGCGCUUGACGGUGACGUCGACUUCCGGCCGUCAGCUGUGCAGGUCCUUGUAGAUCGGCUGAAAAGAAAUGAGAAGGUCGGAGCGGCAUGCGGUCGGAUUCAUCCUAUUGGAAUGGGUCCGAUGGUGUGGUACCAGAAAUUCGAAUAUGCGAUCAGCCAUUGGCUUCAGAAGGCCACAGAGCACAUGAUCGGCUGCGUCCUCUGUUCUCCCGGCUGUUUCUCCCUCUUCCGGGCCUCUUCGCUUAUGGACGAUAACGUCAUGGGAAAGUACGCCUCCUUGUCAUCACAGGCACGACACUACGUGCAGUAUGAUCAAGGCGAGGAUCGUUGGCUAUGUACGCUACUACUACAACAAGGCUACAGGAUAGAGUAUUGCGCAAACGCGGACGCCCUGACUUAUUGCCCCGAGGGAUUUGUAGAGUUCUACAAUCAAAGACGUCGAUGGUCGCCUUCAACAAUGGCUAACAUCAUGGAUCUGCUAGGUGACUGGCGCAACAUCGUCAAAAUCAACGAGAACAUGUCCCUUCUGUACAUGGCUUAUCAGCUCCUGCUGUUUUGUUCCUCCCUCCUCACCCCAGCCACAGUUUUCCUCCUCAUCACCGGGGCUCUCAACACCGCGUUCCCCGCGUUUGACCUUAUAAACUCGCUCGUCUGUAACGCCGUACCAGUUGGACUGUUCAUGGCGGCGUGCUUCUUCUGUGAAUCUAAGUGGCAGAUGAUGUUAGCACAGGUCCUAUCCUUGGUCUAUGCGCUCCUUAUGAUGGUGGUUGUGGUGGGACUUGGUCUGAACAUGAUACUAGAGGGAUUGUGCUCGCCAACCGCCAUCUUUCUCUUUUUCCUGCUCGGCGUAUUCAUAAUCUCGGCCAUCAUGCAUCCACAGGAGUUUACAAACCUGCUUCACGGCGCCCUCUACUUCCUGUCGGUGCCGUCCAUGUCCAUGCUGCUUAUGAUCUAUUCCAUCUGCAACAUGCACGUGGUCUCGUGGGGCACGAGAGAGUCCGCAACCGCAACGGAUCCCAACGCCAAGGCGGCACCGCAAAAGAAACCGGAUAGCAAGUUACAGGCUCUACUCGCCCGAUUCAAUACAAGCGGGGCGGACGACCUUGAUAGCGACUACGGUUUCUCGUUUGGAAAUCUCUUCCGGUGUUUAUGCUGUCCUAAACCGCGCCCCGACACAUCGGAAGCCAAAUUUGAAAUGGUCCUCGAAAGACUGGAAAACAUCGAAAGAGCAGUCACUUCCGGCAACCAGGAGUCCCAAGCGGCCACCGGAAGAAGCAUAGAACGUUGCAUGUCGUCCGACGAGGGCGUGAGCGUCACGUUCGAGACAAUAAAUGAAGGGGAGGGCGUCAGACGGCGGUCGACCCCGAGGGGCGAGGACGAAAAGGAAGAAGAGGGCUUAGCGGAAGCAAUUAACCCUGUAUACAAGCCGACGGUAUUUCCGUCGCCGCCGACGACGACGACAAGUUCCGAGAACUCUCCCGUGUGGCUGGAUGACGACGGACUAGGUCAAGGUCGCACGCGUUACCUUGGCAACGAUGAGAAAUCGUUCUGGAAGGAUCUAAUCGGAAAGUACCUAACUCCACUGGAGAAGAACGAGGCGCAGCAGGUUCGCGUUCAAAACGAUCUUUUGGAACUACGCAACAAAAUGGCGCUGAUGUUCUUCAUGCUUAACGGCCUGUUCAUUAUCAUCGUAUUUACGCUACAGUACACGAACGCCAUCAAAAUGGGCAAUGGUAUCAGCAUUCCACUACCCUGCACGGCGACUAACGGCAACCAACUGACGCUAGAACCAAUUUCCCUACUCUUCAUGUUGGUUUAUGGGAUCGCCUUGGUGAUACAAUUCGUGUCCAUGUUCUUCCAUCGGCUUGGGACCGCGCUGCAUAUAAUGUCCUCUACUGAUAUUAACUGUAUGAAACCGAACACACGGGAGUUAAACGCCAUGGACAUUGCAGGCAAGAUCGCACUGGUGAAAGAAAUGCAGCAGAUGGAUGAUGAUGAUGACAAAAUGUCCGUCACCACAACCUCCAGUUCCGGUUUCGAUGACGACAGUAGCAUAACACAGGACGACUCCCCUAAGCUGAAGCGCCGAAAGACGGUGAUCCGGAUCACACAGCGCCGGAAACACAAACAACAGGCGGGCGGGGAGAUUCCGGUGGCCGCCGGCGACAAUCUGGGGACAAAGUUCGUGAAAAACUUCAUGGAUCUGGCCAACGACCUGAGAAAGGAGAGGAUAAGCGAGACUAGCAACCAUAGCCACGAUAAAUUCGGAACGCGGAAAGGUAGCAGCAGCACCAAGCGGAAGUCUAGAAAGACGAUUAGAGCGAUGACAUCGAUACAACAAGAUCGUGACGCCGUUUUACACAAGGCAGACGCAAUUGAAACAAAGCUUCAGAAGAUCCAGAAAAGGAACGGGGGAGCGGAGGCUUCGACAGGAAAGGUGGAUUCCUGGCUCCAUCUUGUUAGGGACGUUUUGACUCAAUCCCGUAUCUCCCUAAACACGAUCGGUGAGGAGGAGAAACGCAGUUCUCUCCCUUGGCGAAAUCGGCUCAGUCGUGCUACUUCUGUCGAAGGCGUACCGAGGGAGGAAACAAAAGGAAAGGGGAUGCCAAAACGUGCAAGCUUCGGUGGUUCUACUCCGUUGAAUAUAAUUGCCGACAAUGAUGAAGAAGAGGAUAUGUUAAUGCUGAAAAGCAAAGCUAAAAAUGCCACUGACAGACAUACCGUGACAAUCGAUGACGUUGCAUAUGGAAAGGUGAAAGUUGACCUGAGACCAAGGUCAAACAUAGUCACCAGAGCUGUAAAUAAAGACAAUGACAUGAAAUUGAACAGGCUUUCUGAGCCUGCGAAAACACACGUUGGUGCUAGUCCUCGCAUCAGUGAAGAAGAUGCGCGCGCAAACUCUAUUGAGUCGGAGUCCGACAUGUCAGAACCGGAAGCUUCCGAUACUGGAUCGAAUUCCGGAGCACCGUCAGUUACAUUUAACAACAAACCGGAAUAUAUCGAAAACUUUCGUGAGGCCGGAAGUGUCAGCGUUCCGGCACCCGAUGACGUAUUUAUUGUCGAUAGCUGA